AUGACCAUGACUACCAUGCCAGAGAGUCUAAAUAGCCCCGUCUCAGGGAAGGCUGUCUUUAUGGAGUUUGGGCCGCCCAGCCAGCAAAUGUCUCCUUCUCCCAUGUCCCACGGACACUAUUCCAUGCACUGUUUACACUCCGCGGGCCACUCUCAGCCUGACAGCUCGUACAGCACAGCUUCGUCCUUCUCCCGACCGCUGGGCUACCCCUAUGUGAACUCGGUCAGCAGCCACUCGACCAACCCCUACAUCAGUUCAGUGCAGUCCUACCCCAACAGCUCCAGCCUGACUCAGACCCGGUUAGAGGAGACAGGGGCCGAAUCGGAGAAAAGCACUGUGGUAGAAGGAGGGGAAGUUCGCUUUAAUGGGAAAGGGAAAAAAAUCCGCAAACCCAGGACUAUUUAUUCCAGUUUGCAGCUGCAGGCUUUGAACCGGAGGUUCCAGCAAACUCAGUACCUGGCUCUUCCCGAAAGAGCCGAGCUCGCAGCAUCUCUGGGACUCACCCAGACCCAGGUGAAGAUUUGGUUUCAGAACAAGCGCUCCAAAUUCAAGAAGCUGAUGAAGCAAGGAGGGGCCGCCCUGGAGAGCAGCGCCUUGACCAACGGCAGGGCUCUCUCGGGCAGCUCGCCCCCGGUGCCCCCGGUGUGGAAUACCACCUCCGCCUCCGGUAAGGCCUCGUCGGGGACCCCGGGCACCUACAUCCCCAGCUACACGUCGUGGUAUCCUUCGGCCCACCAAGAAGCUAUGCAGCAGCCGCAGCUGAUGUGA